AACACAAUACGUCAAACUUCAAAAGACAACAGACAGAAUUUGGCGCAAUUUCCUUUGUAACAACUUUAUUUACCUUUUUAUUCACCUACUCAAACAAUAAACCACGUGAAAAUGGCUGAAAAACUCGAAGACUUAAACCUGCCAAUGACUGUUGUCACCCGAAUAGUGAAAGAGGCCCUACCGGACGGCGUAGCGAUAUCCAAAGAGGCGCGAACCGGCCUCGCCAAAGCCGCAUCUGUUUUUGUACUUUACGUUACCUCCGCAGCCACCAACAUUGUGAAAAACAAUAAAAAGAAGACGUUAACCGGCCAGGAUGUUCUGGAAGCCAUGAAGGAUAUAGAAUUUGACCGUUUCGUCGAACCUUUGAGCGAAGCUUUAGAGUCGUACAAAGUAGCGCUUUCGGCGAAGAAAUCUCUUACUACGAAGAAGAAGGACGAUAGCGAAGACGUGGAACUGGUGGAAGACGAUUGAUUUAGUUAGUUUUAGUGUAAUUUGUGAGAUUUUGCCUGUUGGAGAGUGAUUGUUGUGAAUAAAGUUAAUUUUAAGGUUA